GGGAAGAGGAUAUAGCGUAGCAGUGUCUUACACAACCCAACCCCCAUGCGUAAGGUAGCUACGUCUCUGCUCUGCAGCAGUGGCAACAGUGCAUUUCAAGAGCGGACAGCUUAUGUUAUCUGCCCCCCUCUGACUGCACUGCCUCUGCAUCCAUCCCAUUCACUCUGUUCCUCCCACCCCACCUCUUCCUCCUCCUCCCGACCACGGCAUCAUUAGGCAGGACUACAGACCGUUCGGGAUCACCAACGGCAAUCGCUGGACAUUCAGGUUUGCCCUGUCUGAAGGAGUCGUGGUGGAUAUGUUAAAUCAUCAUUACCUCCAUUAACGACUGGAUUCUAAUCGAGCUCAAGAGACAAGGAGAAAAAAAACACUCCAAACAACGAAAAAGGAGUCUUAGAUGUUUGUGACGCUCUUUGUCGGCGCUGUUGGGUUGUUGGCUCAUUUCUUCUGUUUGCUUGGUUGUUUUUACUUUCUCUGAGACUGGCUAGCAGGCACUGCAGCACCAGGAAGGACUGCAGGAGCCGUGAAGGGUAGGGCAUGAGGACCCAGGGGCGAGCCAGUGGAAGGGCUUGAGCUACCAUUGCUGCCACUGCUGCUGCUGAGGUGCUUAUCUUGAUUUAUUUUCUUCAGAAAGGGCUGCUGGUUGGGGUGGGUUGUGACAGUGCAGGUACCCAGGACCCUGCAGAGCGGAGUGGGUGGCUCUGGCGUAGAGGAGCCAGGCAGGCAGCCAGGCAGGCAGGACGUCCUGUGGGAAAGGAGGAGAGAGGAGAAGAAGAGGGGCUGGCUCAGGCUCGGGCCCCUGAUGGUGGCUAUUUUUGUCUCCCCUAGCUGAGUGAUUGGGGACAGCCGGUAAAGGGAAAGAUGCUUAUGGGUGCGGGAAGAAACACAGCGCGGGAUGAGGCCCAGAAGCUUCACCGGAAAUGGCUGAAGCACCAGACCUUCAUGGUCGAGCUGGCCUGCAAUAAAGAAUGGCUGGCCAAGAUAGAGCAGGAGGGUCAGGAGCUGAUCGAUGAGAAGCCGGAGCUGCGCUCGGUGGUGCAGCAGAAGCUGGAGGAGAUCAGGGAGUGCUGGACGGACCUGGAGAGCACCACCAAGGCCAAGGCCCAAGCUCUGUUUGAGAACAACAAGCCAGAGCCGGUGGUGAAGAGCUACUCAGACCUGGACCACCAGCUCUCUGGCCUGGAGAAACAGCCCCCCCAGCUGGAGCAGGCUCACCACCUGCCCACCUUCAACGAGCAGCUGCAUAAAUUCCAGUCUCAAAUGGGGGACUUGUACAAGGACGUGGGGGAACUAGGAUCCCUCCAGGGGGUGUGCCUCCCCCAGCGAGGCAGCCUGGUGAAGGGCGGGGAAGGAGAAGGGAGCGAGCAGCCAGCUGUGGUGGAGACCCGCAUCGUGCGCCUCAUCGAGCCCCUGAAGGAGAGACGUCGCAUCCUGCUGGCCUCCAAGGAGAUGCAUCAGGUCGCCCAGGACCUGAAGGAAGAGAUACUGUGGAUCCAGGACCGGCUUCCUCUGGCUUCCUCUAAGGAUUACGGCAACAACCUGCAGAGUGUUCAGCAGCAUGUCAAGAUCAACCAGACGCUGCAGAGGGAUCUGCAGGGGCGCCGGGCGCAGGUGGAGGAGGUGUUGGACCGGGCAGGGAUCAUCGCCUCUCUGCGGACCCCCGAGGUGGACUUUGUGCGUGAGGGGGCGGUGCACGUGCGUCAGCUUUGGGAGGUGCUGAGGCUGGAGGCGGAGAGGAGGUCUGUGAUGCUGGAUGUGGUGUUGCAGGCCCAGCAGUAUUACAGCGAGGCGGCCAAGGUCGAGUCCUGGCUGGCAGGCCAGAAACUGCACCUCAUCAGCGAGGAGAAGGGUAUGGACGAGGCGAGCACCCUGCAGCUGCUGAAGGAACACCUGGCCUUGGAAGCGACGGUGGAGAACUACGCUGAAACAGUGGGCAUGCUCUCCCAGCAGUGUCAGAGGCAGCUGGAACUGGCACAUCCAGACAGUGAGGGGAUCACCAAGCAGCAGUCCCACAUAGACCGUCUGUACGUGUCUCUGAAGGACAUGGUGGAGCACAGGAAGACUAAGCUGGAGCAGCAGUACUGGAUGUACCAGCUCAACAGAGAGGUGGAGGAGUUAGAGAAGUGGAUCACUGAGCGGGAGGCUGUUGCCAGCUCCACUGAGCUGGGCCAAGACCUGGAGCAUGUCACGAUGCUACAGGAAAAAUUCACCAAGUUCUGCUCAGAGACCAACAGCAUAGGCCAGCAGAGGAUGGAGCAGGUGAAUAAGAUGGUGAAUGAGAUGAUAGACUGCGGCCACACGGACGCGGCCACCAUCGCUGAGUGGAAGGACGGACUGAACGAGUCAUGGGCCGACCUACUGGAGCUCAUGGAGACCCGAGGACAGAUGCUGACAGCAUCACACCAGCUGCACAAGUUCUUCACCGACUGCAAAGAGGUCUUGAUUCAGAUUGCCGGAAAGAUGAGGCAACUGCCAGAGGUGAGGGCGUGCCAAGCCAGCAUCGCCAACCCUGCCACCCUGCAGAGGCUCAUGCGCUCCUUUGAGCACGCCCUCCAGCUGCUUGUCUCACAGGUAAGGCAGCUGCAGGAGAACGCGGCCCAGCUGAGGACCAUCUACGCCGGGGAGAAGGCCGAGGCCAUCAUGAGCAAGGAACAGGAAGUGAUGUCAGCAUGGAAGGAGUUGCUGGUUUCCUGUGAAGCCAGUUGCGUGCAGGUCACCUCGGUGACAGACAAGGUGCAGUUCUUCUCAGUGGUGCGUGAGCAUCUCAUGUGGAUGGAAGGCAUCAUGGGACAGAUUGGAGGGGACGACCCCAGGGAUUCGUCCUCUGCGGAGGUGAUGAUGAAACAGCACGGUGAGCUGAAAGCCAAGAUGGACGGCCGCAGUAAGAUCCUACAACAGUGUGUGGAGCUGGGAAAGAUCCUGUUGGCCGCAGGCAACCCAGCAGCUGAGGAGAUAAAGGAGAAGUUGGACACACUCCUGGCUAAGCAGAAGGAUCUCUCUGAGAGAUGGGACAAACACCAGGAAAAGCUACAGCGCAAGAAAGAUCAGUUCCAGUAUGCUCAGGAGACGGUGAAGGCGGAGGCCUGGCUGAAGGCCAAGGAGCCCCUGAUCAACUCCAGCUCCACCUCCAGGGAGGCUGGGGGUGCUGGAGGAGAGGCCCAGGUCCAGACUGACGAGGUGGAGCAGCUCAUCCUCCGCCACGAGGCCUUCCGCAAGGCUGCAGCCACCUGGAAGGAGCGCUUCAGCUCACUGAGACAGCUCUCCAACGCAGAGAAGCUGAGAGAAGAACAGAGCAGCAAGCCUGCCCCAACACCACUCUCCAGUCGGAGGAUGUUCCCAUCGUCCUGUCUCACUCCGACCGUUCCCGUUGCUACCUCAACUCUGCUGAGGCAGAUGGUCCAGGUGCAUAUUGAGCCCAGGCCCAAGCAGACCAGUCUGGGGAUGGCUGCCUCUGCCUCUUCUGCAGUCCAGAGGUUGGGUUCUACCAUGGCCAGCUACACCCCUGUCAUGAAUGGCUCCGGUUACCAUGGACUGGACCAUCAGAGCAGCAGUGGGGGGUUGGAGAGUUCCAACUACCCUGGGCUAAACCAUCAGGCCGGUGGAGGUGUGGACAGCAGCUCCAGUUACCUUGGAGUGAACCAUCAGACUGCCCCCCCGCCAGUGGAUAGUUCUGGCUACCUUGGACUGAACCAUCAAAGUAGUGGGGGUAUGGUUAGUCCAGGUUACCUGCCGCAAAAUCAAAGCAGUGGGGGUAUGGGUAGUCCAGGCUACCUGCCGCAAAAUCAAAGUAGUGGGGGUAUGGGUAGUUCAGGCUACCUGCCGCAAAAUCAAAGUAGUGGGGGUAUGGGUAGCUCAGGCUACCUUGCGCAAAAUCUAAGUAGUGGGGGUAUGGGUAGUUCAGGCUACCUGGCUCAAAACCAUCAAAGUAGUGGGGGUAUGGGUAGUUCAGGCUACCUGGCUCAAAACCAAGGUAGUGGGGUUAUGGGUAGUUCAGGCUACCUGGCUCAAAACCAAGGUAGUGGGGUUAUGGGUAGUUCAGGCUACCUGGCUCAAAACCAAGGUAGUGGAGGUAUGGGUAGUUCUAGCUAUCUGCCUCAAAGCGGUGGGGUCAUGGACCCCAAAAUGGCGUAUGCGUGGCAGCAUCUGAAAGCCGACUGCAUGCAGCCCAGGAUCAACCACAUCCACAAGGCUGUCAACCCCCUCCUGGAGGCCAGCAGGGCACAGAGGGAACAGUUUGGGGACAUCCCCAUGGUGGACAUGAUCGGGCCAGAGUCUGGCCUGGAGCUCCUCCAUGGCAGGCUCCAAAGGGACCCCCGCGGCAGCCGCUCCGACCCCCAGAUGGACCACCUGCGGCGGGAGAGGGAGUACAAGCUGGGCCGGCAGACCUCCAGCGAACAGGAGAUCCAGGCACGGCUCAACGAGCUGCCAAUGAUUGUGCGUCAGGAGCGCUAUAGGCGACGCCUGGAGAGGCAGUCGUCCAGCGAGCAGGAGGGCAGCGGGAAGGCUAGGACACCGAAGCAGGACGACUCCAGCGACAUGGAGUCAGCCAAGGAAGGCUCUGACAAACGCUCAAUAGAGAAGAGAGCCACCACCAUGGCUGAGAUUGUGGAGCAGGCCCAGGAGAGAGAGGCAGCACAAGCUCGAGGGGAGACGUACCGCCCCACCAGCAGCCUCUCAGCACCCGUGACCUACGAGCGCCCGCGCGCCCGAGACCGCCCCAAACCCCGCAGGAGACCCCGCCCCAAAGAGCCUGAGGAGAAGCGGCGCUCUCGCUCGGCUCCGGCCCAGAGUCCGGCGCAACUCUUGCCGCCCUCACACACUGCCCAUAACGAAGGCUUCCUGUACCGCAAACACGACUUUGAGGGCCAGCAAAAGAGUCCCAGCAGUAAGUCGUGGGUGAACUUGUAUUGCGUGUUGUCAAAGGGAGAGAUCAUUUUCUACAAGGACGCCAAGAGCACCACCACACCUUACAAUGAAGAAAGCCCACUCGACCUCAGCGUCUGUAUAUGUGAUAGCACCAUGGGAUACAAGAAGAAGAAAAAUGUCUUCGUUAUCAAGAAAAAUGAUGGCAAUGACUAUAUUUUCCAUGCAAAGGAUGAGGAGGACCUGAAGGCUUGGGUCACUAACAUCACCACCAGUAUAACUGAACACGAGGAGAUCGCCAAGUGGGACAAACCCACCACCUCGUCCACAGAUCCCGACCGCUCGGAGAGGAAGGAGAAGUCAGAGGGUGACGCAGACGCCAGGUCAGAAAGGUCUGAGAUGGGAGGAGAGGUGGAGGAGGACGAGAGGUCCGACAAGGAUAGGUCUGAGAAGGGAGAGGGGUCCGAGAAGACAGGCGAGGGCUCAGAGAAGGCAGACACGUCGGAGAGGGGUGAGAGAGCAGAGGGAGGGGCAGGAGGCUCCAGCACGUCAGGGAAGAGCAAAUGAUCACCACUAAGUGGAGGAGUGGACUGCAUCCAACCAUCUGCCCCCUCCAUCCUAACAUUACCCUACGACACCAGACGGUGGUGAGCAAGCGAGACGGAGGGAGAGUGUGUGCAUUUCUGUGCAUAUCUUCUCUCUCUUUCUCUCUCUCUUAUAUCUCUCUGUUUCUCUCUCUCUGUGACAUCCUGAGGCUUGGGUCCUUGGACUACCUAAUGUUAACUGUGACAGACUGAUAUUCCAGCCCCUAUCCCAGCAAAAUACAUCAAUGCCUGCAUUGCAUUGUGGUCUUGCUGGUAGGUUGGAGGAUGGUGGAGAUGAACCAGCGCCACCGUGUGGUCACAGACAUUCGUCACAGUCACAACUCCUCAUUGAUCAUUUAUCUCUUGGAUUCACAGCAUCUCUCAGUAUAUAUAUAUAUAUAUAUAAUAUACCUAUGACUGACUAUGUAAUGCUCUAGAACAACCCAAGCAGUGGUGAAUGAAAUGUCUCACAACAUUUUGAAAAAGCUUUUUUUCUGAAGCAAUAUACUUUUUUAUUUCUUCUCUUUCUUUGAGAGAGAGGGAAAGGAGACAAGAAACAGUUACUUAUUAUUGAUUCAAUAAUUGGUCACAUUCAUCAUCAGCUUGUUUCUAGCAGGUCAGCAGCACCUUAAACACUUUCAACAUAACUGUGUAUACUCAGCAUAUUGACAUUUUAAACCCACCUCAUCUCUAUAUCUGAGUCAUGUUGUCAUGAUGGAAUGCUGGUAUUACCGAUGUGUGUUAAUAAUGGAAUUAAUCAACACACGUGUUUCUCUUCUGAACUUUUGGAUUAAUCGUGUAAAGGCCCAUGGCAUGCCAGGAGUAAAGGUGAACUAGGGUUGCCAACUUGAGCAAAACUCAAUCACCCCCAAGAGUCUAUUUGAGGAGGCAAUGCCAAACAUAGCCCACUUGUAGUGCCUGGCCUGUGUCUACAUGUCACUUAUUAAAUCUAACCAUCCAUGGCAUGACAUAGUAUAGUGCACCUUUUACUUGAAUGAAAAGUAUGUUCUUCAUGGUCUUGAAGUUGACCAGUUCUGAAAUGAAUUCGGCUGUGCAAUAAUUCCAUCUGAAGGGAAGUACUGUGUAAAACGCUAAAAUCAUGGUAUACUUCUGGAAUCCUGAGGAAAGUUCAAAGGAUUCUCUUCACGGAUCUUAAACUAUCCCCACAUGAAGUAUGGUGAUAGGAAGAUAUGUUUUAACGACAGAGCAGAGAAAGUUCUCCACAUUACAAGCCCAAGCCAGACAUCCUUCAUGCUUCUUACGAAUGCUAUUUGAUCUGAGACUGGAAGCAUUAUAACCUCAUUGCUGUUUUUAUUGUACUACUGCAAUAUAUUUGAUAAGGAUUGUAAUUGUUUCACUAGUGAAAAUACAAUAGUAACAUCAAUAUUAGAUGAACCCCAGAAUAUUUUAUUAACUACUUCUCCCUCCCUGUUUUCUUUCACUGAGUUGAAACCAAUAUAAAAUGAUUGUCAGUCAGAGGGGAUUUAUCUAGUCAUAAAAUUGUAUAUACGCUACAUGGCCAAAACUAUGUGGACAACGGCUCGUCAAACAUCUCAUUCCAAAAUCAUGGGCAUUAAUAUGGAGUUGGUCCCCACUUUGCUGCUAUAACAGCCU